AUGAGCACUUCCACGGGGGCGCCGACUGUCUCUGCGAGCUCUCCCAGCACGGAAAGCAUCUUCCAGGACCUGGGAAAGCAGAUUGGGCUUGACCUCUCGGCGCACAAUGCUACGAUCACGGGACAGGAUCCGGUGGUCCCUUCAACGCACCGAAUUGGCGACGCCUGCGCAGCUGCGCUUGCUCUGGCCGGCACCGCAGUCUCACAGGUAGGCCAUGCGCGCGGCUCGGCCCUGGAAAAGAUCAGCAUCUCGGUCGACGAGGCCAUCAUGCAGCUCACGGCCGCCUUCUACACCAAGCUCAACGGCGUGGCACUGCUUCGCCUCUUCGAAGAUCCCAAGCUUUUCCACAACAGUGACUUCUAUCCCACAAACGACGGCAGGCACGUCUUUCUGCUUCUCACCUAUCCGCGCCUCCGCGAUGCCGCGUGUCAAGUGCUUCGAUGCCCGCCGGAGAAGAAGGAUUUCGCCGAGAGCAUUGCACAGUGGAACGCGUUCGAGCUCGAAGAGGCAAUCAACCAGUCCCACGGCUGUGCUAUUGCGCUGCGCACCCGCCAAGAGUGGCGAGAGCACCCGCAAGGCAAGGAGCUAUUGCAGCAGGACCUCGUAUCGGUCAUCAAGAUCGGCGAGAGCGAUCCUUUCCCUCUCUCUCCAUUGUCGCAGCCGGAUACGACGAAAGGGAACGCUUCGCUACCGCUCGAAGGCAUCCGCUUGCUGGACAACGGCCAUGUGAUUGCCGCUCCCAUUGUCAGUCGUCUGGCAGCUGAAUUUGGUGCCGACGUGCUCCACAUCUCGUCUCCCGACCACCCAGACUCUGCUGCUAUGCUCAACGAGACGGGCCUCGGCAAGCUGAAUGCUUUCUGCGACCUCAAUGAGGAAAGCGGGCGCCGUGGAUUCGCCGACAUCAUCUCUGAAGCCGACAUCUACGUGUGCAACUACCGCUCCCUCGAGCGGAAAGGCUACUCUGCCGACGAGCUAGCCAAACUCAAGCCCGGAAUCAUCUUUGUCGACAUCACCGGAUGGGGACGCACAGGACCGUGGGCAACCCGCGGAGGGUUUGAUCAGCUCGCCUGCACCGCCACUGGCUUUUCGGCCGAGGAAGGUGGCUUUUCCGCCCCGCGACUGCCGCCUACCUAUCUGCUCAACGACUACCUGGCGGGGAUCUUGGGCUUUGCUGGGGCGCUGAGCGCCCUUCUUCGCCGCGCUCAAGAAGGUGGCAGCUACGUCGUCAGCCUGAACCUCGCCAGCGUCGUCAUGUGGGUUCAGGAUCUUGGCUCGUUUGAACCCAGAGAUGUCGAGCACCUCUCACCUAUCGACCACAACGUGGCCGCGGACAAGCUCGACUCGGUGUGGGGCCCGAACGGCAACUCCACGUACCUCGGUGUUCGUAUCGGAUUUGAACACAUCAAGCCCCACUUCAAGCGCGGCGCCCAGCCUGCCGGUGCCAGUCCUCUUUCAUGGUCUCAGUUCAGUAGUGCUUGA